UGCAAUUAUGACCCAUAAUAAUUGACAAGAAUGCGAGUAAAGCUCGUGAGGACUUUAUUAGCUUUAGCUCUACUAGGCAACAUAAUAGUUUGGCAUAGAAUUUGGUGGUUGUUCACAUCACAAAAUCCACUACAAUCAACUCCGGCACCAGAAAUUACAACUGACAGUCCUCAGAAGCUUCAUCGUCGCUUAGCAAAACUAAUAACAGUUGUUAUACGACAAUUUGAAUCAUUUGAAAAUGAUGUAGUCGCUACAGUAGACUCUGUUCUGAAUGCUUUUCCUACGAUACCUAUUCUGAUUGUUUGUAAUGAAUUACCAUAUCCACCACUUGAAUUGAACUUUGCCAAUGAAAGUUUAAAGAAUGUCAAGUUGAUAAAUCUUCAGCCAGAUUUUAACAAGUCAUUUCAAGACAGAAAUCCUCUGUAUCAUAUUCAAACUAAAUAUGUUUUAUUUCUACCUGAUGCUACAAGGAUCUCAUCAAAGCAAGCGAUACAGGAAGCUGUAACGAACACAUCACGUAAUGAAAGUAUUGCUGUUGCGAUUCCCGUAGGAAAAAAUUCUUUAACAUGCUUAGAACUUCACGUGAGAAUCCGAGAAUGGAGCUUGAGAACGAACAAAGCACCUGGUCCAGCAUGUGGCGGUCUUUUAGGAAAACAUGCAACUUUAAUUGAGUCAAAAACUCUUCAAAAAUUACCUGAACCAUUCAUGUUGCCAUAUCCUGAUGCACUCUAUCUCCAAACAACAGUUUUAAAUAUAAAAAUUCAUGUAAUGAAAAAUCAUCAAUUGAAUGAUGGGAAACCAUUAUUCCGUAGUCAACAAUCUCAAUGGAAACUUCAGCAGCUACAUCAAAAGAGAGAGCGAGCAAUGUUUGAAAAGUUAGGAAUUAAAAGAGUUACGAGACCUUCAGGUGCAAUUGACUGGUACGGAUGUUCCAGAGAAACUCCCAGAUGCUUUGGAUCAAUAGUCAAUGGUGUACCUUCAUAUCUAUAUCAGAAUCGCUUCACUCCACCUUGUUGUCUAGCAGGGUUAAGAAAAGUUGCCCAUCAUGUUUUUGAUAAAUUAGAAGAAGUAGGAAUUAGAUACUGGUUAGAAGGAAGUUCAUUAUUGGGAGCAAUGAGGAAUGGUGACAUUCUACCUUGGGAUUAUCAAGUAGAGAUCGGAAUAAAUCGUGAUGACCUUAAUCGAUCACCUUGGCUUGUAAAAGCACGCAAUAAACCAGUAGCGGAUAAUUAUGGAUUCAUUUGGGAGAAAGCAACUGAGGGUGAAUUCUUUAAAGUUCAAUAUUCUAAAUUAAAUCGUUUACAUGUUAAUUUACUUCCUUUUUAUGUUAAAAAUGGCACAAUGACAAGAGACUCUUGGUUUUUAAAGAAUCGCGAUUUUCCAGAGCCAUUUUUACAUCCGAUGUCUAGUAUUGAAUUUGCGGGGAGGCAAGUGCCUAGUCCGAAUAAUAUCAGAGAUUUUUUGGAAAUAAAAUAUUACAAAGGGGUUGUAGAAAAUCCAGAACUACCUGGAAAAAUAUUUCACUGAGUAGUUUUAUUCUGCAAUAAUCAGUUAUUUAUAUUCUAUUUAUAUUACGAUAGUAUUAAAAUAAUAAUUCUAAAUCUUUUUAACUGAGUCUAUGGUAAUAUUUAAUAUCAUUAAAUAGCUCAUUGCCAGUUAAAAGAAAACCAUUAGUGAUGGUGCCAAUACAAUAUCUAGUCAAUAAUAAUAGGCAAUUAAUUAAUGGAUAGGAUAAUUUUCGAUAUGAACAAUUAUUUAUAUAAUUUCUGUUAAUUGAUAUUGAAUUUAUUUUAUUGAAACUAACUAAUUUGUUAUUCUAACAUCUUUUGGCGCUGUCAGAAUUGGUGGUUCACGCACAAAGCUUAAUAAUCUUUCUAAUUUCAUUGACUCUAAUUCUUCAUGAGAUAGAUGCAUUUGUUUUUUAGUUGGUUUUACUUUAACUCUUAAGUUUGGAGAUAAUUUAAGACUGUUGACUGUUCCUCUAUAUUAAAAAAAAAAGAUUUAAAUAUUUAAAUGUUAUUUAUUUAAAUUUAUGAACAUUAUGUAAACUCUUACUUGUCAUCACCAACAAUAAUGAAGGGGAGUACACUAUUAAAAGCUAAUCUUGUUAAUUUGCUACGUCGUUUGCUUACAACUGGUUGACUACAUAUUGGUCGAUAUUUAUUCACGUUUAAAUCAAAUACUGUCACUUUUCCAUCAUUCGAAACGCUUGCCAAUACUGUCGAACUGUAUGGAGCCCAUUGUAUAUCUCCAAUUGGUACACCAAGGUCAAACAUGAACAACGGUUCUCUAAAAAAAAAGUUGAAUAAACAUUUCAAAUGACA